ACGAAGCCUCCCUGUCGUGGCCAGUGUCCGGAGGCGCUGCCUCUCGGGCGUGAGCAGCCGGUGGCACCACGUGGUGGGAGUGGGGCUGGGAGUGUCCUUGUGCGCUGUCCCCAUUGCGGAGCAGCAAAACGUGAUUUCUCUCAGCAAUGAUGCCUUGAUUAAAAGAGCAGUUUCCUUGGUCACAGACAGCACUUCUACACUCCUCUCUCAAACAACAUAUGCGCUGAUUGAAGCACUCACAGAGUACACAAAGGCAGUUUAUACACUGGUGUCUCUCUACAAGCAAUAUGCAAGCCUUCUUGGGAAGAUGAAUUCAGAAGAGGUGGAUGCAGUCUGGCAGGUGGUGAUAGGAGCCAGAGUGGAUGUGAGAACAAAACAGGAGGAAUACCUAAGGCUGGAAUCCAGCUGGAUGACAGCAGUACGUCUGUCAGAGAUGGCAGCAGAAGCUGCGUAUCAGUCAGGUGCAGACCAAGCCUCGGUGUCAGCCCGCAGCCACAUUCAGCUGGUGAGAUCACAGGUACAAGAAGUGCGACUGCUGUCCCAGAAAGCAGAGACCAAAUUAGCUGAGGUUCAAACAGAAGAGCUCAUCAAAGCUCAAGGAGAGGAUUCUUCACUGCCAGAGGGUAUUUUAGGAAGCUCAGAGGCAGGUGAGGACCCUUACCUGCGGGAAGACUGAAAAGAACUCAGAUGUCACCUUGGAACAUGUGAGAGUCAAUCACAGAUUGAAGGGUCCCAAAUUUUCAGUGUGGGAUAGUGGGAA